AUGGAUGAAGAUGAUGAAGAGAUGAUGGUCACCAAUGCCAUUGUUAUCGCAGUACUUGCAAAAGAAUCUGGAAACCAAACUCGAAGGUGCGGUUCUUAUCCGAAUUGUGCACCAAAUGAGGAGAGACUUAGAGAAGAACAGGGCAAAAAGUUGAUGACCGACUACUUUGUCGAAUGGCCAGUGUUCAAAGAUUGGGAGUUCCGAACAUGUUACAGGAUGAGUCUCAAUGUCUUCAAGCGUAUAUCUAUUGACCUUUGCCAGUAUGAUCGUUACUUUAUUCAAAAAUUAGAUGCUACCAAGAAAGUCGGAUUACUUCCAGAGCAGAAGAUCGAUGACAGCUUCCUUGCGAAUACUUGCUUACGGUGUUAG